AUGCGUGGCCGCAGCCGCGACACAUUUGCGUCAGACAGCAACACCGCCGGCGCCCCGCCGCGCGAGCUCCAGGAGCUCGCGGCUGCGCAGCAGCUGCUUGCCCGCCACAUGGCCGACGUCGCAGACGCGGGCAGCCGCGGCAGCAGCCAGCGCAGCAGCAGCACGGCGGGCGACAGGGGCGGCCUGGGAGGCUACGGUAGCGGCGGCGGCAGCGGCGGUGGCGGCGGCGAGUCGCGCACACCGCGAGCGGAGCCGCUGCUGUCCCAGGUGGAGGUGCUGGUGAAUGAGCACCGCCUGGCCCUGCUGGAACAGGAGCGGCUGCGCGGCCAGCUGGGCGCGGCGGGCGAGGCGCUGGCGCAGGCUCGCGUGAAGGAGGACCGGCUGAGCGCGCUGGAGCAGCAGAGGGCAGAGGAGGUGCAGCGCAUGCGCGACGACCUGGACUCAGCCGGCCGCACCAUACAGCGCAUGAGGGGUGCGCGCGCCGUCAGCAGCACCCGGAUCGUGGUGCCGCCGCCGGCGCCGCUCACAACGCCUAAGGACAGCAAGUCCGGCAGCAAAAAGCAGGCGGUGGCUGCAGGCGCCGCGGCUGGCACAGGGGCUGCGGCAAAGCCAGCAGAGACCGUACAAUUGAAACACCAGCCGCAGCGCCCCCCAUGGGGCAGCAACAAGGACCAAGGGCCGGCAGCAAGGCGAAAGAGCGGCCACGGCACGGAGCCGCGGCAGCAGCAUCAGACCCUUGCAGCAGCGCCACCCCCUCGCCGCCUGCUCGGCGGCACGGCGCCACCAAGAGAACAGCAGCAUCCGCCUGCGCGGGCAGCCGGGUCCCGCACGCAGCCAACACACGCAGCGCCGGCCGCGGGUGCUCGGGGCAGCGGAAGCGGUAACGGCAGCCUGGCGGCAGGGAACAGCAGCGCGCGGAGCUCCGCCAGCUGGGCAGCGGCACCCGACGCCGCACAAGCCGCGCCCCAAAUCGACGGCCUUGCUGCAGAGGCGUCCCGGGCAUCAUCCUCCGCCGCCGGUGACGCGUUCUGCCGCGUUGACGCUGUCGGUUCCGCGGGCAGCAUCGGCAGCUGGGCCGAGCGGGGGCCGUCGCGCGGCAGCGUCAAGGCGGAAUCCAGCAGGGGCUCUGCUGGUGCCCAGCGCCCGGCCAGGUCCGGGGCUGGGCCGGCUCCCCGUACCCCAGGGCGCACGGCUGCGGACGUGGCGGCGGCGGCGCACACCGCGGCGUCGGACAGCUCCCGGGGCGGUGGCGUGCGCGGCCGUGGUGGCGCGGACAGCAGGGGUGCGGAGCGGGGGCUCGGGGCCGAGUCGUCCGAGUCCGGCCUGUCCUCUGCGCACGGCAGCCGUCCGGCGUCGCGGGCGGCGCAGCAGCAGCCGCCGCGCGUGCAGCGGCGCCCCUGGUUGCAGACGGGCACCAAUUCGUCGGCGCCAAAGGCCGCCGCGACCCCGACAGCGACACACACCCGUCCACCGCUGCGACAGCACACGCCCUCGUCACUGGAGCAGCCGCACGGCGCGCGCGCGUCAAGCCGCGCGCCGCGCGAGGCGGACGCCGCGGCGUUUGGGAGCGUAGACAUUCAGAGGGGCCACGCUGACGAGGCCGCCGCGGCCGGGCGCAGCGUCAGCCCCCAGGUUGGGCGCGCCGCGCCGGGCGGCGGCAGGGGCGCUUUUGGCAGC